AUGCAGGACAUCCAUCCAGUUGACCUUUACAGAAUCCACUCUGACGACAGGGCCAUCUACACCAACGUAAACGAUGUCAUCAAACACAUCGAAUCAAAACUCCAGGAAUACGUGAUAGAGGGAGGCACCCAGUACAUUGCCAUCACGAACGUCACCAACAAGUCUUUUCAAGAGUUCAACAAAAAGCGCGAGCAAAUCCGUCCUCAUUCCCCAAGAGUCCGCUUCUUCAGAGAGCAAGAAACCAUGAUAAUCAAGUUCAGAGACAAUAUACAUGCUACUGUUGAGGGCAUGCUGCACAAUGCCUUUCUGACUAAGCUUACAGAGCUUGGGAUCGAAGAAAAGGUGCUCAUGUCAGUAGGCGCGGCGAUGCAGUCUUUGCCGGAGCUGAAGAUACAGCCGGACUUGUCGUAUCUCCCAUAUCAAACGAGGACGCUCAAUGAGUAUCCUUCUUUUGUGGUUGGGGUAGGAGAUAUGGAUUGCUUGCAUAGGCUACAGUUGGAUACGCGUCUAUGGCUGGAAAAUUCGCAUGGGACCAAGGUUGCGCUCUUGAUGGCCAUCUGCACAGAAAGCAAGGAGCUUUUGUUCGAAGUGUGGCAAUCAAAGGACAACACGGUAGAGUGUGUGCAGCAUAUCCGGGUUAACAACACAGCCAAUGAAGCCACGGAUGCUCCUUUGUCUCUCUCACUGGGACUGCUUUUUGAUGAAUUGCCUGUCAUUCCAGGUUUGACGCUUGAGUCGAGCAUCUCGCUUUCCGCGCAAGAUCUUGGUAAGUUUGAGAAGGAUAUCUUCAGUUAUAUGGUAGUGAAUCGACAGAAGUAG